CCUAUUAUCUGUGACGCCCUUGACUAUUCUUGUGAUUCCCCGAAUAGCAAUUUCUUGGAUGUAUUAUUUAAGUCAUUUUUGAAUAAUCCAAUACUCCGCUCAAAACUACUAUUUUAUAUUCAAAAUCAACACUUCUUUAACAUGUUAAAUUGGAGGAAGGAGAACAUUUUAUUGAAAUUCCAACGUAGAAACGUUUUGGAAAUGUUAAAAACCAAAACUGUAGUCGAGAAGCCAAAACUCCUUGGAAUUUAUUCAUACAAUUAUGAGAUUUUUGAACCGGCUAAAUAUAUAAAAUACUUUAAAGAACCAGAGCCAAAAGAUUAUCCAAUGGAUUUAAAUGAAGGAUAUUCGACAUCUCGUUUUACUUUACCCUGUACAUAUGACUCCAGGCUUCAUGCACCCCUAACUUUUGCUGUGACCAAUGGUGUUGGCAAAAUGAGUCAGGUUGAGGCAAGGACGCAAACAAUUGUAUAUACCAGUCGUCGAGUUCUAUCAAAAUUAUUGGAGUGCUGUUAUUCGAAAGAAGAUUUUAAAUUGUGGGUAACGCGAUUCAACGGCAUGUUAUACAUGGUUGGUGAACUGAGCUAUAUUGAUAAUAAGCCACAACAUAAUCAUCAUGAGCGUUUGGAUAAAAUAUUAUUUGCAGAAUCUCCCAACGAAGAACCCAAAAGGAAUGAGCCGAUUGAUACGAAUGUUUCGUUAAGCUGUUUACAUUGUACCAAUUUGGAGCGAUUUUCUCUUUUAUAUGCUGGUGAUAUACAGGGCAUAAUAUCCAAUGAAAAACUGGACAGUUUGAACAAUAUGGAUGUUUUGAACCAAUGUCGUUUUGUUUUAACAAAACAAAUGUGGGAAUGGUCAAAUAAAGAAUAUAAAUUUCUGCGAUAUUGGAUUCAAUCCCGUCUAAGCAAUGUCGAGGACAUCUAUGUGGCAUAUAAAAAUGAAAAUGGCAUUGUAGAGAAGCCCAUUGAACACUGUAAAGUGUCGGAAAUACCAAAGAAUUACUCCUGGAGACCAGAAAUUUGUUUCGGAUUUUUACAUAAAUUCUUGGAAAAUGUUGACAAUCUUAUGCAUGAUGUCAACUCUUUGGAGACAGUGUAUGAAUUUGAAUCUAAUGCCCGAAAUAAAGAAAUCACCUACAACAUUUACAGAGGCAGAACCGAUAAGACCUUUAUACCAAAAUAUUAUGCCGAUUUUGUUAGUAAGUAAAGUAAGUACAUACCAAAAGAUUGCAUGCAGUGCAUUACUACUCAUUGUUUUGAAUGAAUUUUGAUGUCACUUAGUAUACAUAUAUGCAUAUUUUAUCUAAUCUUUUCAAAAGAAACUUUGAAAUCAACUAAUGCCUUUUUAUAGAGUGACAAAUAUACUAAUAUUAUAUUUCGCGGAAUUGAUAAUAAAUUAAUAGAAAUAAUAAUAAAGCAGAUAAUCAAGACUUUAAAACUGCACUUGAAGAGACGAACAGUUCUUUGGUCGCAAUGUAUUCUUGAUAGAUUUUCAUUAUGACAAUGAAAUUUCAAAGUACAUUAUGGUGCUAUGCGCUUACUAAAAGAACCUAAUUGAAUUGUUAUUUUAAGUUUUCUUUUUGUAUGAAAUCUUAUGUUUUAUUAUUUUUUUGAUGGCACCUAAUUUUUAAUGUUUUGUAUCUUUUGCAUUAAAAUUUAAAUCAAAAUAAAAUAAAAAAAUAAAUGAGAAUAUUUUA